AUGAAUACUGUAAUGCGCGCUCAAAAAUCUGGUUUUGCUCAUGUCGCAUGGGAGAAGGUUCAAUCAAAAUAUGAUGUUGUACAAGCUUAUGAAGCUUUAGAAUGGAUUAAAGAAAUGAUUGGUGAACAAUUUGAUACUAGUGGUGAUAUGGAUAAUGUUUAUAAUCAAUUAAAAGAUGGUCGUAAACUUUGCCAAUUAAUGAAUUCUAUUGUACCAAAUUCUAUUCCAAAAAUUAAUAAUGGUGAAAAUAGUUUUAAACUUAUGGAAAAUAUUGCUCGUUUUGUUCAAGCAGCUAAAAUUUAUGGAUUAACUGAUGCUGAAACAUUUCAAACAGUUGAUCUAUAUGAAAAAUUGAAUCUCCAUCAAGUUAUUGUUUGUCUUUUUGCACUUGGUCGAAAAGCUCAAAAACAAGGUUUACGUGGUUUAGGUCCAAAAGAAAGUGAUAAAAAUGAACGAAGUUUUUCAGCAGAAACAUUAAAACAAGGUAAUAUGGUCAUUAGUACUCAAUAUGGAUAUAAUAAAGGAGCGACACAAUCAGGCAUGAAUUUUGGUAAUACACGUCAUAUGUAA